AAGACGUGGCCACCAAAGCCAAGUUCUUGCGCCAAAUGAUUAUUCUGUUGCAGAACUCGUUCAACAGUAUUGUCAAGUGCUCUAAACCGGUCAUUACGUCCAUUCACGGCGGUUGCGUCGGCGCCGGUCUCGACCUGAUCUCCGCCGCAGACAUCCGGUACUGUUCUAACGACGCGUUCUUCUCGCUCCGGGAAGUGGCCAUUGGAAUGGCCGCCGACUUGGGAUCACUUCAGCGGUUCCCCAAAAUUGUCGGCAACGAUAGUCUGGUCCGAGAGAUGGCUUUCACGGGCAGGAAUAUUACCUCCUCUGAAGCCAAAGAGUUGGGUCUCGUGAGCUCCGUAUUCUCUGAGCCGAAGGAAUCGUUGGACGCGGCCAUCGAGACGGCGAAGAAGAUCGCCGCCCACUCGCCGGUCGCAGUUCAGGGCACAAAGAUAUCGUUGAACUAUUCCCGAAACCACUCGGAUAGGGAUGGCCUGGAGUUUAUGGCCAACUGGAAUAUGUGUAUGUUUCAAAGCCAGGACCUCAUCACCGCAUCCACGGCCACCGCCACCAGAUCUGAGACACCGCCGACUUUUAAUGACUUGUAGUUCAAUGAGAAUUCAGAUGCAAAACACUCAUUGAAUUUGAUGUGUUUUGAGUUUUUGAUAUUUGUAUUUAUUUU